AUGUCAUUAUUUUUUGUCCCUUUAACUUCUCCUCUUCUUGAUCCUAUUCCGAUUAACAUUUCCGAAACAAUCACAAUUAAUGACCAAGAAAAGCCUAAAGAUAAUUUCACCAUUGGAGAUCUCAAGAUUAUUAUAUGGGGUAUUAUAGGGGACAAUAGCAAUAGCAAAGACUUUUUUAAAUUGAAGUUAUGGAAGGUGGAUCUUGAGGAAGGAAAAGGAAAAUGGAAAGAACUUGAAACACUUGCAAAGUCUUCUUAUACCGAAGCUGAAAUAGAAAAUUUCGGAGGUAUAAAGUUAUUAACAACCAGUAAAGUUGUAGAAGUUUUUGACCCUACAAGUCAAGACUUUAAUGAGUUCUUAAUUCGAAGUAUUGAGCGUAUGAGUCAACAUAUACUGUUGGAAUCAUAUGGAAGGGGUGUUAAUUCACGCUUGUAUGAAGCAGGAUGGCAGAAUGAAUGGUACAGAUCAGCAGUCUCUGUAGUCCCAAUUGGAACAUCAAUAAGUGCCAAUGUAGGUUAUGUGUUUGGUUCAGAUGGUUAUCUGGACUAUUAUGUUAACGGAGAAAUUUGCUGGGGAAUUGAGCUCACACGCGAGGAGACUGGCCAAUUAGAUGAAGUGAAUAUAAUAAAAAUUGGAGUGGCGAGUUGUUCUCGCGAUACUGAUGUCUAA